AUGAAACUUGUGUCUGGGGUGAUAAAAACAGAGAAAGCAUUAGCUAAUCUGACAAAGAAAAAAACUAUUUUGCUAGUACAACUGAUAAGUGAAAUAUAAGUGUCAAGUUGUAUUUAUAUUAAGAAAUCAGGGUUAGUUCAAUGUCUGGAAAACCAGAAACAACACUAUUACAUAAGAAAAAUAAAAAUUAUACAAUUAUAUCAAUGGAUGCAGAAAAAGGUUUUGACAAAAUACACGGCCUUUUAUGUUGAAACUACUAAAACUUGGACAAUAAAAGGAUUUUCUUAAAUAGUAUCCAAUAUCAAACCUAGCAGUAACAUUAACCAUAAGUGAGAGGAAUCUUUCCAGUAAGAAUAAAGUAAUAAAAAAGGAUGUCCACGUCAUUAGUCAAGUCAAAUCAAGUUGAUCAGCAUUUAUUAAGGGCUUACAGUAUAUAUAUAUAUAUAUGCCAGGCAUUACAUUAAAUUUUGAGGCUAACCCCCGCCACUCCCCCAGAAAAGGCAAAAACACUGUUCUCAAGCAAAGAGAAAUAACAUGCAAAAAACUGCACAUAAAAGAUGUAUACAUACAAUAUACCAAGAUAAGGUCAAAAUGGAUACAUGACUUAGAUAAUAAAGGGAGAUAUUACAAGAAAAUUUGAGAAACAUGGAACAUAUUACCUAUCAGAAUUAUGGAUAAGUGAACAAUUUGAGCAGGGAUACCCUUAAGAGCCGGGAGGGUAAGAUUGCUCGUUACCGUUUUCCUUCUUAAACUUGUCUCUACCUCACUAGCAGAAAGAGAUUCAAGCUCUUUCUCCUGCCAGCUCUCCUCAUCCGCAAAGGGUUGGGCACGGGUGUCACUCAUCCCCAUGACAACUGGUACGCGGCGCUUCCCCUUCCCUCCGCUGUUACCAACGGGCAGUCUCCGGCAACUCUCUAAAGCCGUCCUCUCCGCCAGUCCGGCUAAGGGCCUGCUCCGGACCUCGCUGUGCCCGCAGGCUAGGGGAGAAUUCCUCCCUCAUGUACUAAUAAAGAACAUGGCCUCGGAGAAACCCGAUUCGCUGCUACAGGACCUGGACCUGAGCGCCGAGGAAGUGAAGAAGCUAACUAAUGCCUUCGAGGACCCGGAGUUCCGGCGGCUCUUCGGCGAGUAUGCGGCGGAGUUGUCGGAUCCAGAGAAUCGGAGGCGCUACGAAGAGGAAAUUACGGCGCUGGAGCGGGAACGCGGUGUGAAGGUGCAGUUCGUGCACCCGGAGCCAGGCCAUGUGCUGCGCACCAGCCUUAACGGGGCUCAGCGAUGCUUCCUGAACAUCUGCAGCAACCCGUUACUGGACCAGCCCAGCAGCCAACCCAGCAUCGGCGGCCCACACGGCUCCUCGCGGGGACAGCUCUGGUCCCUGCCUUACAGCCUGGCUCCGGGCCGCGAGUACAUGGGCAGCCAGGGGGCCCGCUACAAGGUCUACGACAUCAUCUUCCAUCCGGACACGCUGUCGCUAGGCAAGCGCCACGAGCGAUUCCGGAGCAUGAUUAACGCCACCGCCCUAGAGGCUGUGGAAAAGCAGUUCGGCGUAAAACUGGACCGACGCAAUGCCAAGAUCCUGAAAAUCAAGUACAAAGGCACGCCGGAGGCAGCAGUGCUGCGGACGCCCCUCCCUGGAGGUCCCCCACCCGCGCCUGAGGGGGAAGAAUCAGGGGACAGCCCUUUGCCCGCCUUCCCCUAUCCCUACGCCUAUCCUGAUGGCGCGAAGGCUAGCGCCACGCAACCUCACAGCUACACGCCUCCCCGGGAGGAGCCUCCAGAUCCGGCCCCUACCGUGCCGCGUCACAGCAUAGUGCAACGACACCACGUGGAUCUGCAGGAUUACCGGUGCUCCCGGGAUUCCUGCCCCAGUACUGUACCCCGAGAGCUGGUAGUUACCAUCGAGCUUCCCCUGUUGCGCUCCGCCGGACAAGCUGUCUUGGAGGUGACCGAGAAGCAGCUGUUGCUCGAUUCCCGCAAGCCCGACUACAGUCUUCAUCUCCCGCUUCCUUAUCCCGUAGAGGAGAGCCGAGGUAGUGCUCAAUUCAACAAGGCUAAGCGGCAGCUGAUCGUUACCUUGCCCGUGGUGCCUCCAAAGCACAGCAUAGAGCACCUGGACCUGCAGGUAGAAGAAGAGGUAGACGUGGAGGAAAAGGCGAAGGAAGAGAAGAAAAAGGAGGAAGAAGACAACAAGAAGGAGGAAGAAGAGAAAAAGAAGUUGAAAGAAGAGGAGAAAAAGAAAGAGAAGGGGGAAAAGGAGGAGGGAGCUGCCUGGGGAAAGGGACUACAGAAGCAAGCAGGGACGGAGGAUUUGGUGAAGUCUUUGUCAUCUAAAGGCAUGCCGGAAACGGAUGGCUCUCAGUCUGUUUGCACUUCUGAGGAAAUAGGAAGCCAGUUUGAUAAGCUCUUAAGGGAUACUAGAAUGUUUAAAGAUUGGAGCCAAGACAUUUCUUCAGAUGCCCUCGUAACUUUCCAGUCUUGUCCUGAGAAUUCCUGGACUUUAUCUGGUAAAGAAAUGAUAGACUCUCAGGAGGGUACUAUGGAGGACCCAGCUGCUGGGAUUGUGGCCGUUCCACUAGAUACUUCAGAGCUGUCACUUGUUACAAAAGCAAAUCCACCAAGUUGCACUAGAGAGGAGGAUCUUCUUUCAGAGACUAUGAUCUUACCCGGGAGAAGUAAUGAAAUGCCAGCUUCUGGGGUACUGAACGUACCAAGGAAUGCAGGUCCAUCUGGUACUUCAGGGCAGCCACUUAUUAGUAAAGCAAAUCUAUCAAAUGGUACUAUUAGUAAGGAGCCUGCCUUACCUGGGGGCUGUAAUGAGGUACCAUCCUCUGGGACUCUGAGCUUUCCGGGUAAUACAAGUUCACUAGAAGAAUCCAAAAAGAAAACUAAUAGAAAGGAAAGUUUUCCAGAGAAUCCGAAUAAAGUUCAACCUAGAGAAGCAGUUUUUUCAGAGACUAAAAGAGGGAAAAUCUUAUGCCCUCCUUUGCAGUGUAAUCAAGAUGAAGAAUCUCUAAUUUUGUUGAUCCAAGUGCCUCAGAUCCAACCACAAAGCCUUCAGAGUGAUUUGAGCCCCCAUCAAUACAAACUUUGCUUCUCCACGCAAGAUGUUGUUUCUUAUUCAUUCAUUUUGCAGUUUGCUCCUGAAAAUAAGUUGAGCUCUAAGGAACCGAAAAUUAAUAUUUCUUCAUUCAAUACAGUGAUAGAAUUUGCCAAGUCUCCAGAGAGUUAUGGGCACUGGAAAAAGUGGUAUUUUGGUUUGAGCAACAACUGUUUGCAGGUGAAAUUCGCUUACUUCGUUGAAUGUCCAUCUUCUACCCUGGAAAAAGAUGCUCAUUCUCGCUGGGAAAGAUUUUUUGUCAUUGAAGAAAAUGUUGAUAAAUUUCUUGAAGGUGUUUUCAAUUUUGAAAAACCAGCCCCCAAAACCCAACCAUUAAUUGAAGUACUUGAAGUUAGUGAUAAGAAGACUGAAAUUCAAUUAAAGUCAAUAGAUGGAGAAGUAGAAGUACAAGAAGUAGAUGGCCAAAAUCAGCAUAAUGAAAAAGAACAAAGAAUUAAAAUAAGAAGCCAUCUGACUGAAAAAGAAAAUAAACUUCAGAUAAAUACAAAAAGCAGUAACAGUAAAACUGAUGUUGAAAAAGAACAUACAAAAGGAAACAUCAAACCUUCUGAUUGUUAUACAGCAGAUAAAGCAUUAAAAAAGAGAAGCUGUGGGUCAGCCCUCUGCUUGCAACAUGACCCUGCUGGUGCUUCUACAGAAGUUAUUGGAAAAUUUCAACAAUCUGACUCCAUGACCAAACCUGUUUUCACAAAAGAAAAAAUCGCCAUUUAUUCAAAUAAUGAAAAACAAAAUUUAAAACAACCAACAUUGGUGGAAGAGAAAAAACCAGAUAAAGAUCACAUACUUCAAAAUAUAAAAGAAACCGAUAUGAAGGAUGGAAGUGUACAGAUUAUUAAAGAACAUGUGACUGAUUGUGCAUUUACUUUUCAAAAUUCUUUGUUGUUUGAUUUGGAUUAAUUUGGAGAUUUUAUCACAUUCAAGAUGGUACUAUAAAAUCCUUAGAUUUAUAAUAGAGAUGAUAUCUAACAUUUAGCACAUAUCUAAAUUCUUAGCAUCAAAUUCAGAAUCUGGCAGGAACUACUGGUUCUAAGUAGUUCUGAUGCUAAAAGAAAAUGGUAAUAAAGUAUUUACCUGUUUACUUUCACAAGUGACUAAUUAUAUAACUGAGCAGUUUCAACCAUUAGCUAUACUAAAUCCUUUUAGUUUUUAAAUUAGUAUUAAAUACUAACAUUAAGUAGAUUAAUAAAUUCCCCUAAGUUUUUUCUAAAUUAUCAUGAGUGCUUUGAAUUUUAAAAAUUUAACACUACAUUUUUUUCCCUCUGUGGAUAGUUUUUUGUCUUGAAAUAUUCCCAAAAUUGGAAUGUUUGUUACUCAUUAUAGUUCCCAAGAAGUUAGGCAUCAACUAGCAAUACAUAGGGCAGAAUUUUGAAACUCUGAUUAUCUUAAACCAGAUUUUAUCUAAUUAUUCUAGACUUGCAUUAUAUCCUAAAGAACUUCUGUCCUAGCUCAGAAGGGAUUAAAAAAAAACUUUUUUUUUUUAACCCUUGACAAUCACCAAAAUAAAAUAUUCCCUGAACAAAAUAGUAGUUAAUAUUUUUGCUUCAGCUCUGAAAAUGCUUUUUGCCUUACCACAUAUAAUAGGAUAUCAGACACUUUUUCUAAUGAUUACUUAAAAAUUUCAUCAGUCUUUCUUAGAAUGUAUUACUAAAGUAUUAAAAUGUCUUAGUUUCACAUAACAGUAACUUUUUUGAAGAAAAAUAUUUAAAAAUUGAAGAGGAAAAUUUGUUAUAUUCCACAAAACAAAAAUAAAAUCUACAUAAAGUAAAUUUUUCAUGCCUCCUGGAAUGGGAGAAAAAUAAAGUCAAAGACAUGAAAUGAACAUUCAAUUAAUUCCCUGCAAUACAGUCUGGUAUCAUUAGUCUUUUGACUAAAACUUUAACUCAUUUGAAUCCAAGAAGCAAGGGACCCUACUUUAAUAAAUUGAUGGAACAGCAGGAACAAGAAGUUUAAAAGUACUUAUUUGCUGGCCAACAAAUAUUGAGUUCAGAAAUGUGUUACUUUUUGGACUACACAUAGUGGCUGACCCAUUGAGUCAUUGAAAAUCCCAGAAAACUGAUCUGGGCUAUUGAGAGAGCUUUUUGAAUGAGAAUUUUAGGCCAAACCUUUAGGAUGAUGGGCAAAAUGAUGCAUAAAAAGUUUCUUCUCAGCUGGAUAGAAUGUGAUAGAGACUUUCUAAAUCCAUGUAAUUAGUUUAUUUUUGUUUUAUUUUCUAGCAUUUAUUUUGUAUAGAAUCUAGUUUUCUUUAGUCAACUGCAAUUGGAUAAAAUUGAAAUUUUUUACUUGUAACAACUACAUGUAUAAAUAUUUUAAGUAAGCUUCUGGAUCUUUAUAAUUUGUCAUUUUAAGUUUCAUUUCUAUUAAAGUCUUAUCGUUUUCUGUGUUUGGGUAA